UGUAAGAUGUUUGUGUGGUUGAUAACGCCUUUGAUGCCGUAUUAAUGUUACGAUAACACUCUCCUUGCAAGUCGAUCUAUUUAGUUGUUGAUCCUGUGAUUAAAACGUGGUAAAUUACAUGGACGACAGAAGGAGAAAUCAUCGGGCUGCACUUCAUACACAAGGCUGACAAGCCUUGGUCCACAGGAUUGAGGAUCAGGAUGUGCGAAAACAAACCAUUGUUGAAUAGGUCUUCACAUCAAAGAGGACGUCAGAUAAUGCUUCGAAGCGGCUCUAGAGGCGUGCAGACUUCUUAUGAAAACCAUAAUCGAUAAUAACAUGAUAAUUUGUAACACUUUAGACCAGUCAUUCACAUUGUCAAUGUCAUUGUGAUUGUCAGUACAGAACGAGUUUACAAUCCCCGUUCACGGCCCAAAAAAGGACUUAUUCUUUUUAUCAAUCAUAGUGACUGUAGUAGUUGAAUUUUGAACAGACUGAGGAACAAUUAUGAAUCCAGAUAUUCCCCAGUCAGUCCCUGGGAUGUCAAUAACUGGCUCACUCUUCGGACAAUGUAAUCCUGGAGCAUCUAAAUGCUCUAUCCAGUCCUCUGUUGCUCAAGUGGGCCUGGAGUCAAUUGUCACAUCAACUGCUACUCCUUUUCAAGGCCUGUCACCUGGGAAUAUCUUUGGAGGCACUUCCAGUUCCGGAUCACUUUUUAGUGGUGGGCCCUCACCCAAACCUUUCGCUGGAACUGCCGCUAGUGCUGUGUUUGGAGGCAAGAGCAUACCUGCUGAACAGUCCUCUCCUGCAGAUCAAAGCACCUCUAGAGCUUCAAUCUUAGGUGGAACUUCAGCGUCAUCAGUUGGAUUCCAUUCUGGGGUGCAAGGCUCAAAUAUUUUUGGUACAAUAGACUCACAACAAGCACCAUCACAAUCUGCAUCUAGCUUGCAAACUUCGACCACCAGUACAACUGUUCCUGUGUCACCACCUGGAGCAGCAAUUGGACCAACGAGCCCACAGGUAUUCAAAAUGGAACAAGCAGCCGGACAAGGGUCAUUGUUCAGUGGAAAAUCUGUGUCUUCUUCUGGAGGCCUUUUCGGCAGGAAGUCCAUGACUACAGCAGCGUCCGGCGACCAGCAGAGACCUCACACUGACGGCCUGUUCUCAGGACCUUCAACUGGUCUUUUCGGAAAGCGCACUCAGGAGAAAAGAGAAAGCUUCGGCAAGUCAGAAAAAGCUGCUUCACCCAUAGGUUCAUCAGGUGAAACAGUCACGAAGACUGUUCUAUUUGGAAAAACAGUGAAAGAUACUGGAGAGGAGGAAUAUUAUAGAGCAGCUGAAUCUCAUCAACCAAAAACGGGAUUAUUUGGGAAAAAGGGUGGAGAAUCGGGGCAAACAGAAAAGGGAGCAGAUUUGUUCAGGAAACCUGCUGGUGGUCUGUUUGGGAAACCUACUGGUCUGUUUGGCAAAGCUUCCGAGAACGUGCCAGAGAUUAAGAGGACAGUGUUGUUUGGUAAGUCAUCCAGUAUAAGUGAAGAGGGAGGAGACCCUGGGGUUGAUCAGGGGGAAAAAGUAUUUGAUCGGCACAGGGAACGUGACUGGGAGACACGUCGUUCUGAAAAUUCUGGGGUGUUUGGCAAGUUGAGUCGAGGUUUUAAAGAGGAUGAAAGACGUGAACAUCGUAUUGAACGGGCACCACUGUCUCAACGUCAGCCAGCGAGACAAGACCGUGGACUUUUUGGAAAGAGAGACCCAGAUGAGGGGCAAGAUGUUUCUGAAAGGCAGACAAGACACUUGUUCGGGAAGGGUCCGUCUAAAGAGACUGGUGAGGAUGAAAACGGGGGCCGAAGAGCAAGGCCUGUCUUUUCUGGUGGAAUCAAACCCGGCAGAAUGUCUGACGCUGCGAGGAGGAGUGUCAAGAAGAGUAUCAAUAUAGCACGAAGCAAAUCAAAAGAUGAUGACCUCGGGUCCAAGACUGCAAUCAUUUGUCAGGAAGUACCAAAUGAAUACAACAACCGCGCAUUCCUAGUAAGACAUUUCUCCAAGUUUGGCCAGAUCAAGAGAGUCUACCCUAACCCAGCCAAGCAGAAGGCAACCAUUCAUUUUCAGUCACAUGACCAAGCUGCUACAGCCAAGAGGAAAGGAAGAAUAUUCCGUGUUGGCCGACCUAGUGUCAGUAUCCUUUUGAGCUCACACUCAACCAGUGGGCAAGAUGAGAAACCACAGAGGAAAGCACCAGUGCCAGGACUCUUUGGAAAACCACGCACCCUAUUCUCCUCUGGGGUCAACAAUGAGCUCGAAGCCUUGCAAGGAACGUCAGAUCGGGAUAUAGCUGAGGAGGUGCACUUGCUGCAACGACUAGAGGAAUAUGGACAUGAUGGGGAUGUUGAUCGGGUGCAUGCCAUCCAGACAGUGACAGGUCAUCGCUCUCCAGUCAAGGCACGACCAGAUGUGGGAUUCCCGAGCAAUAUAAGGAUGUUACCCCAGGAAUCUCGCUCAAGUCCUGUCCGUGGAGCAAGACAUGAAGCUUUGUCUGCACGUUCUUCUGGAACAUCGGGUAUGGUUGCCUAUAAUGCAACUGAUAGGAUUAAUAUAUUAGAGGAAAGGGAGCGGCAGAUGAGAUUAGGCAUUCAGAAGGUGUCACGUCUUGAGAAGGCACAAGCUGUCAUCGGGACAUGCCCAGACAUGUGCCCCGAGAAGGAACGUUACAUGAGGGAAGACAGAAGGAGGCUGAGUGUGUUUGAGAUGGUGCCAGGAACUAAUAUUAAAGGACAAAACCCUAAAAUUGACCACUCCAAGGCUGUGAAGGAAUACAGCCGGUCGUCAGCAGAUCAGGAUGAGCCCCUGCCUCAUGAGAUGCGGCCACCUCAUGUCCUUGCCAAGACCAUGGAUUACCUGGUGAACAAUAUCAUGGACCUGGGUAACAACAACUGGGGCGAAUGGUUUGACUUCCUCUGGAAUAGAACGAGAGGAAUAAGAAAGGAUAUUACCCAACAGCACCUGUGUGACUUGACAGCUGUUGCCCUGGUGGAAAAAUGUGUCCGUUUUCACAUCUACUGCGCCGAGCGUCUUGUCGAAGAGGACAUGAUGGUUUUCGACACGAAGAUCAACAACGAGAACUUGACCAAAUGUCUACAGACGUUAAAAGAGCUGUAUUACGACUUGGAGAAUAAGCAGGGUAUCCGCUGUCCCAAUGAGGCAGAGUUCAGGGGAUAUAUGAUUCUCAUGAAUCUCAACGAAGGUGAUACCUUGAGAGAAGUGCAACAACUUCCCGAUGAAAUUCGCACCUCACCCGCUGUCAAGUUUGCUGUAGAGACCUACCAUGCGCUCGACAGUAACAACUACAUUCGAUUUUUCAAACUCGUGAAGAAGGUGACGUUUCUCCAGGCAUGCAUCAUGCACCGUUACUUCAAUCAAGUCAGACACAAGGCAUUGAGGAUCAUGCUGAAGGCGUUGCACAAGAGAACCCAGUACCCUGUGGAAGACUUGGUCCGACAAUUGGCCUUUGAAGAGAGUGAAGACGCAGCGUACUUCUGCGAAGAGCAUGGCUUGGAUGCACAAGAUGGAGUGGUCAUGUUGAACAAGUCUGACUACAUUACGCCAGAGGCUAUUGGGACAUUCCGUCGGGCGGAGACUGUGAUUGAGUCGAAGCUGCAAGUGUCAGUUGGAGAGGUGGUCAACGGUGGUCCAUUGCCUCCCAAUGAUAUCAUCAACCCCUCCAGCAGUUUCAGUGACCAUGGGCGUUACAUCGGGGACUUGUCAGUUACUGGUGGCAGAGAUCCCACAGUGACGUGUUAUCCGGUUGAAGUGGAGGUGUCCAGGGAUAUUACGCCAGAAAGGACCACAGUGGUGUCAGAUUCAGCAGCUAGGAAGUUACCAAACGAGGUCAUCAAAGAGCUGGCCCGUGACCUUUUCCUGGAGGUUAUUGAUGAAUUGGCUCUGCAGACAAGCAACGAUACAAUCCUGGAAUUUGAGAUAGCGACAGCGGGCAAGGUGGUCGCUGAUGAAACAUGUGAUGAAUUUACCAGGGAUUUAUGUGAACAGAUGAUAAUUGAAGCAAGGAACGAACAAGAAGAGCUCGAGAUAAGGAAGAAAUUACUAGAAGAGAAGCGACAAAAAAAGGAAGAAAAGGAACGACAAGAGCUUGAAAGGAAGGCAGAGGAAAGCAGACACGCUGCGUUGAUCGUGGAGAUUUGUCAACAUGCUGUCCGAGAUGUGGAGUGGGCGGUCCUCGAGGAGGAGACGCUUAGAACAGCGCAGUUAGAAUACAGGGUGGUCCAGGCCCAACUUCAUGAGGAAAGCAAACAGCGAGUGGCAGUCGUAGUCCAAGAUGAAAUCACAGAGGAUGCUUGCAAAUCAUUAGCUGCAGAAGUAGCAAAAGAGGUGAUAGAUUUAGAAAUCAGAAAACAAGAAUUGGAGGAUGUGAAAUAUACUGUACAACUCUUCCGUGUAAACAACUUUUUCAAAAUCUGGCGGAAACGCUACGUGAAACAAGUCCGCCUAAAAACAGCAAUGCACAAUUUUCCCAGUGCACCAUCACGAUAUAGUGUCAAAGAACAAGUAACCUGUUUGUUGCCCUGGCGACCAUCAGAUGAAAUCGCAAGAGAUGCAUUUUACGUUGGAAAGAAGGCACGCCUCUCGAUUGAGCCGCCAAGGUCAAUCAGUCUACGACAGCAAGUAAAUAUGAAUCAUAUCGACUUGAGGAAUCUGCUGCAGGGCCUACGGCAUCAUCGGGCAUGGAAGCCGUUUGAUUUGCCAAACUUGGUUGGGGAAAAACUCAUUGGGCUACUUGGAGGGCGGAGCAAAAAGGAAUUGAUGACUUCGGAGCCCAGCCUAUACUGGAAGGUGUUGGUGGUUCAGCCAGCUUGCCAGAAGAACUCUGUUCUCUGUGACUGGGUCAAACAUAAACUGCAGAGAGGGGCGGCUGGAAAGGCUCGGAACUACCGCAAAGCAAGGACGGAUGGCAUAGAUGUCUUGAGUCUCUAUUCGUCGAUGCUUGUUGCCCCAUCCAUCCCAGCACAGGCCACGUUACAUGUCUGUGUCUCGGGGACGACAGAGCGACACUUGGAAAACAAGGAUGUCAUCAUGGGGUCUUCAGUAGUCAUAGGAUUCAUCUUACCGAGUCAAACAGAAGCGGAAAAGGUGAGGAGUGUCAAAGAUCUUGCCAAAUGUUGUCCAUCCACGCCAUUGCUCGUCAUAACUGAUGGUAAAAUAAUGCCAGCUGAGAGAGAUGCGUUGAUGGAGGUCGCGCAGGAUCGUCUGCAUCUAAUGUCGAUCGAAGAUGUGGAGACUCUUGAGGCGACUAAAUCGCUUGGUCAAGGUCUCCAGUGGGCUGCUGAGUCUUGUCCCAGUCACCCUAAACUCACAAAGAAACCCCUCCGAAACUUCAUAGACGAGUUCCUCUUCAAAGAGUUCUACACGCCAGUCUACCAAAACCUCGCUGCCAGGAAGAAUAGAGGGCUUCCACAUCAGUCGCCCAAUGUUCUGAUCGGGCUGUAUCAAUCUGCAGUCAACCAUUUGUCUGCCGUGGGUGGAAGUCUCGAGCUUGCCAAGAUUUCUUGGCCAGCUUUGGAAUUUUCCUGCACAAAUCCAGACCUACCUGCCCAGGACUGGAAUGCAAAGGACCAGCUUGACUACUUGGAGUCUUUGCUUCUUUCGAUUUCACUGCCCUCUUUCAUUUACCAUGAUAAUGAAGCUGAGAGCUGGAACCAAGCUUGUAAAGAUGUCUGGGCCUACAUUAAGGCGCUCACCGUGGACGAAUCUGAUAUAACCAACCUAUUGUCAAGAGUGGGCUGGGCAAUAAGAAGAAGCCGUGAGGAUUUUGAGGACACCUGUUACCUGGCUGAGCGCCUCGAGGACUGUGAACCACGCUUCAUCAACAUGCCAUGGACUGAAAUCAUAUCGGCAUGCAUAUCGUAUAGGUUAGCGAAUCUCGACUGGGUGGAUGGAUUAGCAGAAUCGGAUGAGGACCAGUUGGAAGCUAUGGUAUACUAUACACCUUCGUCCCUGGGAGAUUACAGACUGCCAACAUUCUGGACCGAGACCUUGUUGGAAACAUUGGAAACUGGUAUGACAACUACAAAAGAUUGUGUUGUGCGAGCGGCUAAGCGAAAACUGGAUGAAACAGCAAACGAGAGUGAAAUGAAACGAACAGCACUAGACUCAUCAGCUUCACCGGAUACAUCUGUCAUUUUGGAUCUGUCCGUGGCAAAUAAAGUCACUCUUGAGGCAGACAAUUCAGCAUAUGAACUGAAAUCCCGACUGAGCAUUGAAAAACAGAAUCUGGAUGUAUUUGAGAAGUAUCUGCAGAGUGUUUUGGAAGAGGAUGAUGAAUCGCUAGACAUGGACACAACUUGGUCGAGGACUUAUAAAGAUGUGGGGAAUGUUUCGAUAGAGAGGGGGUUUGAGGUUCAUCAGUCUGCCUCAGACAGUAUAUUGAUGCUGCAGCAGGAUGUGCUGUCCAAUAAAAGAGCGGACAUGAACUUCGAGAUGAGGCUGCGGUCUCUUCUCAUGAAUCAGUGAGAUAAUGAUUUCCAACAAUGCAUGGGCAAUUGUCACAAUCUAAGCUGUCAGAAUGCAGCUGUACAGCAGUCUAUCAUGGAGCAAAGAAAAGCAUUUUUCUCGACCCAGAGUACCCAACCCAUGAGUGAUAAUCCAGUACUGCAGUCAGCAGGAUAAUUGUCACAAUCUUAAUACAGACAGUUGUUCCGGACAUCUGCUGUAUGUGUUUCUUCCUGUACAUAUUGCUAUGACAUCAAGACAUCCAGAUAUGUCAAAAAAGACAAGAAAAAUGUUUUGAAUUGAGUUCCAAAAUUUUCAUUUUGAACACUGCUUUAUUUAGUUUACUACACUUUUCUAUUAUUCUUCAGUUUUGAAAAGCUAAACACCUAUUAUGUUCAGUGUAAAAGUUGGAGAAAGAUGCAA